UCGAGGACAGGGAAGGGUGUGUGGUGUAUUCGUUGCGUCGGCGGAACUGUCCAAGAGAGGAGACCACAAUGAACGUGGUCGCGGGGAGCCUCGUGGUGCUGGCAGCCUGCACGGGCGUCCUCGGCCAGUCCCUCGAGUCCAAGGACCUGAUGCACAGAGCCGUCUUGGACCAGGAAGGCAAAUUCGUCAUGCUGUGGACGCCGCGGGACGAGGACAUCGUCAUCGAAGUGCAGGUGGCGACGAAGGGCUACGUGGGCCUCGGGUUCUCCCCCAACGGCGGGAUGCGGGACGCCGACAUCGUGCUCGGCUGGGUCAAUGGCGAAGGCAAGGUUACCCUGGAGGAUCGCUUCGCCACAGGCAACUCAGAGCCAAGGAAGGACAAGCUGCAGAGCGUGACGCUGCUGUCGGGCUUCGAGAACGACACACACACCGUGCUCAGGUUCUCCCGGCCUUGGGCGACCUGCGACGACGAGGACUUCGAGCUCUCGGGCGACACCGUAAGGGUCAUCUGGGCCUUCGGUAAGGACGACCAGAUCGCGUGGCACGAGAAACGCGGAACCAAGAGCAUGUACCUCCAGGAGCCGCAGUUCUCUCUCCCGACCCUCGGCAACGAUGUUAAGACGUGGGACCUCGUCAGCGAUAAUAUCAGCCUGCCAGAUGACCUCCGCACCCUGUACUGGUGCAAGCUUUUCAAGAUGCCAAACAUCACAAAGAAGACCCAGAUUAUCGGGUACCUCCCAAUCGUCCAAGAGGGACACCACCAGUUCGUCCACCACACCGUCCUCUACGAGUGCAACCUCCUUAUACGACAAGUACCUAUCACAAUCGACAUCCUAAGAGGGACAACCACCAGUUCUGUCACCACCAUCAAUAUAGCUACGCACCGUCACUUCGAGAAAUGGUCUGAACGUGAAGGGCGCCCAGUAGCCACAAGUGGCCAGCAUGCCCUUGACCCUGGCAGCGGUGCACGAACGCGAUCUUCGCCUGGGCUGUCGGGAGGAGACGAGAAUUACAGCGCGGCAUAUAGCAAUUUGCUGGGAUCUGCAGAAUACAUAGAUCAGAGUCAAUACCAGCCGCGUGAGAGCGAAAUGUUGCCAGACCACGUGGGUUUCCCGAUGGGAGAGGCGCACGGCGGGUCGACCUACUACCUGAUGGAAAUGCACUACGACAACCCCAACCUUGAGAAAGGCGUGGUCGACGCGUCCGGCCUGAGGCUUUUCUACACAGAGAAGCUGCGGAAGUUCGAGGCCGGGUCCAUGGUCAUCGGCCAUGGCCUCUUCAAGCACAUCAUUCCCCCGAAGGCCAACAGAUGGCUCUCCGUCGGCCACUGCACUGCCGACUGCACGAGCGAGAUGCUCCCUGCCGAAGGAGUGAAAGUCGUCCAAGCUUUAUUACACUCUCACCUGCUGGGGAGAGAGAUUUACCUCCGCCAGAUUCGUGACGGAAAGGAGCUGCCAAUGGCCUUCAGCGAUCGCAGCUAUGACUUCAACUACCAGCAAACAAGAGUCCUGAAAGAUGAGAUAACUAUCCUACCCGGAGAUUCCUUCAUCGCGGAGUGUGUGUACGAUUCCAGUGACAGAAGCGACCCAUCCUUUGGCGGCUUCGGGACCGACGAGGAGAUGUGCCUGACCUACCUGACCUACUACCCGCGGACCAACCUCUCGAUGUGCUCCUCCGUGCCCUCGAUGAGCGUCCUUCUCGAGUCCUUCGGUAUUGAUGAGAUCUAUGAAACGGGCAAUAUCCUGGAAAAGUUUGUAAAAAAGACACAACCGGACGAGGAGGAGGAGGCUCUCCUGGCGGAACAGAUGAUGAGCAAAAACUUCACGGCCAAGAUUGAAGCCAUCGAGAUCUCCAAGCUGCUGUAUGGCAUCGUUGCCAAGGCGCCGCAAAAACGCUUCAACACGUCUCUCUAUGAAAUACUACACGACAAGGCGACGUGGCAGGACAACAUGCUCCUGGAGCAUUUCCAAAAGGAAGUCCAGUUCGGUAACUUCACCCCGAUCUGCCUGGCGACCAGCAUGAAGGAAACGCUACCGAAGGAGAAGAGGGGGGAUCGAGCCUACCCCUCGUUCGGAGCUCUAGAGCCAGAGAAACCUUGUGGAGCUUUAGAGGACGAAGCGACUCAGCCAGUCGACAUCGGUGAAGACAACAAGAGGGACGCAGAUGUGGUCAACGCGAAAGAUCAGCCAGAAAACGCAGAUGAAGUCAACGGCAAAGAUCAGCCAGAAAACGCGAGCCCGGCAGGAAGAGGCAUGAAAGAAAACGAUAAAAUGAUGCAUCGUGCUGUGCUUGACCAGAGGGGAGACUUCGUUAUGUUGUGGACGCCUAAGGAAAACAACAUUAUCUUUGAGGUUCAAGUGGCGACGAAGGGGUACGUGGGCCUCGGGUUCUCCCCCAACGGCGGGAUGGCGGGCUCAGACAUCGUGCUCGGCUGGGUCACGGAUGGCGGAGAGGUCAUGGUGCAGGAUAGCUACGCCACGGGUUACAGCCAACCCUUGAAGGAUGAUCAGCAGGACGUGGAGCUUCUGGGAGGAUAUCAGAAUGACACCCAUACUGUACUGAGGUUCUCCAGGCCUUGGUCCACGUGCGACGAACAAGAUUUCGAAUUAUCAAGCGACACCGUGCGAGUGAUCUGGGCCAUCGGAAGCGAAGACCCGGCCGGCGACCUGAUGAGGAGGCACGACCACCGCGGCACAAAGAGCCUCACCCUAAAAGGACCUCAAUUCACCCUUCCCAAAUUCAGUGAAGACGUAAAACAUUGGGAUGUUUUAUCUCCAAAUGUGACUAUUCCAAACAACCUCACGACGCUGUACUGGUGCAAACUUUUCAAGAUUCCACCCAUCACACGCAAGACGCAUGUCAUUGGGUACGUGCCAAUAGUUCAGGAAGGGAAUCACCAGCAUGUGCACCACAUUUUGUUCUACGAAUGUCACCUUGAGGACAGUGCUCGUCACUACGAAAAGUGGCUGGAUGUGCAAGGUGCCCAGUGCUAUGGUGCCAACAUGCCCAUCUCUUGGAAAAAGUGCACGAGCCCUCUUGUGGCCUGGGCCAUCGGCGGCGAAGGGGAAGUCCUGCCUGAUAAUGCUGGUUUCCCAAUUGGCGAGGAACAUGGCGGUGCCACAUACUUCAUGAUGGAAAUACACUAUGACAAUCCAGAUCUCAAAGAAGGUGUAGUCGAUGCUUCAGGAAUAAGGAUCUUCCACACGGAGAACUUGCGUGAGCAUGAUGCUGUAAUGAUGGUAGGGCAUGUUGUGACCCCAAUCCAAAUCGUCCCUCCCAAUGAGAAGUGGGUCUCGGUUGGUCACUGUGACUCCAGUUGCACAAAUAAGGAACUGCCUGGCAGCGGGGUUCAAGUUUUCCAAGGAUUACUUCAUGCACACUUGCUUGGGAGAAAACUCCUUUUGAGGCAAAUUCGUGAUGGAAAGGAGCUGCCCAUUCAACUGAAAGAUGAAAAUUAUGACUUCAACUACCAGCAGACCCGAAUUAAGGAUGAAAUGACAAUCCUUCCUGGAGACUCCUUAAUCACCGAGUGUUAUUAUGAUGCUUCGAAGAGAAAUACUCCCAGUUUUGGCGGGUUUGGAACAGAGGAGGAGAUGUGCCUCGCCUUCCUGAGCUAUUAUCCCCGUGUUAACCUCUCAAUAUGCGCCUCACAACCUCAUAUUGAUGAAAUUCUAGAUGGCAUAGAUGUGGAGGAAGUUAAAAACAAAGAUCGGAUUCUAAGCGUACUGCUAGAACGAGGGGAUGAAAUAGACCAUGCAGAAGAGGCAAAACUUGCUGAUGCCAUGAAAGCAGAUGGCUACAAACCCACAACGAAGAAAAUUGAUAUGUCUCAGCUUUUCCAAAUAUUGACUGUCAAAUCUCCUGAAAAAUAUGCCAACAAGACUCUGUAUGAAGUCCUCCACGACAGAAACACGUGGCAAGAGGGGGUCGUGAACCAUCUGCAGAGGGAGGUCGAACGCGGGGAGCACCUCGCUUUCUGUUUACCGAGGAAUGUCAAUAUGAACAGCAUGAAACCCCAGGAAAUGACCUAUCCCAAAUUUGAGGCUCUUAAACCUGAACCCAAGUCAUGCAGUAAAAAUCAAGAGUUAGCUGGUUCUCUCAUGCAUCGCGCCGUCCUGGACACUGAGGGCAAAUACGUCAUGCUGUGGACUCCAGGGGAAGAGGAUAUUACUUUCGAGAUCCAAGAUGACAAAGGACCAAAUCUCUUAUUAUGUAAGGACUGGAUCAAGUACUUAUUGAUAGUUCUGUUCUAG